AUGGCCGCUCCCGUGCCGGGCGCCAGCGGUUACGUCACGUCCGGUAACGCCAACGUUGCGUCACGGGUUGACGCGGAGAAAUACCUGGAAAGCUACGGUUACUUGAAACCAGGACAAAAAGUCACCGACAGAGAUUUUACAGAGGCAUUAAGAAUGUUCCAGAAGAAGUCAGGUCUGCCAGAGAGUAACGAGCUAGACAAGGAGACGAUGCACCAGAUGAACCUCAUCCGGUGCGGGGUCAAGGACGUGGAGGACGAGUCAGACGUCAGGGGGCCGGCACCGCCUGGUGUGACAGCUAUAGGAGCUCGCGUCAGCAGCCCGAUCGCUCUGGACGAUGAUUCAUAUCUCAGACGCUGGUGGUACCAAUGUAACUUGACGUUUGCUCUCACAAAGGGAACACACCACAGGAGCGACGAGGAGCACAUGAACAUGAUUGAGUCGGCACUGAAACAGUGGGAGGAUGCGCUGCGAGAGGGCGCAAGACCCCACCCGGACGGAGUGACGUCGGCUCUUACAUUCACCGCGCUGCCUCCCGCGGAAGCGCACAACGCAGAACUACAGUUCAGUUUCGAACCAAGAGAACACCGUGACGGCAAUGCCUUCGACGGGCCGUUCGGGGUGUUAGCGCAUGCUUUCUACCCGUACGUGAGCGGAAAGCUCAUCGGAAAGAUUCAUUUCGAUGGAGACGAGAACUGGGCUCCGAAUAAGCUGAUUGGACGAACCUUCUACUACGUGACACUUCACGAACUUGGUCAUUCUCUCGGAUUGAAUCACUCGGACUUGCCAUCUUCAAUCAUGUACCCGUUUGUUAGAUCGGGGCUCGAAAGUAAUGUUGCCCUUAUGGAGGAGGACAAACAGAGAAUUCGCGAUCUAUACCCAACACGGCUCUGCGAUUUAUUCAAUAACGCGCGAGGCAACCAUCAAGCUGAUCCUAGACAACGCCGUCGCGGCCGCUAGAUGGCAGUGAUUGUUAGCUUCAGUAGGAAGUGAAAACUAUUAAGUAUCCGGCCUAAUGCAAUAUAAGUGGUUCGUCUAGUCACGUGACAAGUAAGCGUCACAAGCCGUUCAUUCUAUUUAGGUGUAGGAAAUCACAUAUCUAAUUCAUUGUCCUCUUUAGUGCUUAUUUCGUAACAUGUCGCUAUAUUGCGGUUGCCGGUAGGAAAAAUCUAGAAUACUAAAUAAGCUUCCGCAAUAAAACAACGUAAUAAAUAAAUAUGUCAAAUUAAAUUUAAAUAAAUCGGAUCGAUGAAAGAUUUCAACAAGUUUAUAUCCAUCACCAGCAUAUUCUACAAUGCGUCAUGAUAAAACAUAAAAACUAAAAAAGUCGAAUUAAUGGGUGAACAUUCGUGAUCGGUACGUUGGAAGCGUUAGGUCACACGCAAUGCGGCAGCAUUCCAAUUUUUAUUGUAUAGCAAGCGCUCAGUUAUUUAUCUCCUAUAACUACUAUUCCUUCAACGCGACAGUACGACGUGCCUGCCUGAAAUUCCGUAUCACACACACGCACACACACACACGCGCGCGCGCGCGCACACACGCACACGCA